UCUCCAGUAGUGUUCAGAGCACUCUGCGUGUGUGCAGCAGCCUCGGACACCAGCUCUUUCCAGGAAGAGCGCGCCGGUUUAGGCUCUUUUCCUUGACUCUGCAGUCUGGAAAACUGCUGCGUUGGAAUCCAAACAUGGCAGCAGCAUUCUAUGUUGCAUCUAGCUUGCUUUGUGAUUUUGCCCAUGCUUUGAAUCUUCUGAUGGACGACAAACCCCGGAUGAUGGCACAGUCGUUAACAAAACAAGUCACCCAUUUGUUCAGACGAUGCCAUCCUUCGAGCACACAACCAGCACCAGAAAGCCCACAAGCUCCCUCUGUUUCUGAAGAAGCAGAGAGAGAUCAAGAACAUGAGGAAGAGGACAGUGAGCUUCCACCUGUGCCACAGCUCCAAGAGGCAGAUGGAGAUCAAGAACAUGAGGAAGAGGCCAAUGAACUUCCACCUCUGCCGCAGCCUGAAGAUACAAAAUCAAGCACACAACCAGCACCAGAAAGCCCACAAGCUCCCUCUGUUUCUGAAGAAGCAGAGAGAGAUCAAGAACAUGAGGAAGAGGACAGUGAGCUUCCACCUGUGCCACAGCUCCAAGAUGCAGAUGGAGAUCAAGAACAUGAGGAAGAGGCCAAUGAACUUCCACCUCUGCCGCAGCCUGAAGAUACAAAAUCAAGCACACAACCAGCACCAGAAAGCCCACAAGCUCCCUCUGUUUCUGAAGAAGCAGAGAGAGAUCAAGAACAUGAGGAAGAGGACAGUGAGCUUCCACCUGUGCCACAGCUCCAAGAUGCAGAUGGAGAUCAAGAACAUGAGGAAGAGGCCAAUGAACUUCCACCUCUGCCGCAGCCUGAAGAUACAAAAUCAAGCAGCACAGCAUCAUCCUCCAAAUCACCAUCUGAAGCAUCAUCUGAAGCGUCAUCUGGAUCAUCGUUCAAAACAUCAUCUGAAUCAUCAUAUGAAGCAUCAUCCGAAGCAUCAUAUGAAUCAUCAUCCAAAUCACCAUCUGAAUCAUCAUAUGAAGCAUCAUCUGAAGCUUCAUCUGAAUCGUCAUCCAAAACAUCAUCUGAAUCAUCAUAUGAAGCAUCCUCCGAAGCAUCAUAUGAAUCACCAUCCAAAUCACCAUCUGAAUCAUCAUAUGAAGCAUCAUCUGAAGCUUCAUCUGAAUCAUAUGAAGCAUCAUCCGAAGCCUCAUAUGAAUCACCAUCCAAAUCACCAUCUGAAUCAUCAUAUGAAGCAUCAUCUGAAGCGUCAUAUGAAUCGCCAUCCAAAUCACCAUCUGAAUCAUCAUCCAAAGCUUCAUCCGAAGAUUCAUCCGAAUCAUCAUCAGAAGCUUCAUCCGAAUCAUCAUCAGAAACAUCAUCAGACUGUUCCCAUGAAAAAAGUGAAGAGGAUGAUGAGAAGGAGAAUGAAGAUAACAACGAGAAAGAUAAUAAUGAUUCUCCAUCUGUUAGGGCAGCAUGUCCCAAAAAUGGAAAAGGGAUCUGCCCAGGCUCUGCAAUCAAUCCUGACCCUGCAUCAGCACCAGCAGCCACUCCUCAGCCUGAAGCUGCGAAGAGAAAGACUUCAUGCAGCAAGUCAGACGGGCAGAGGAAGAAACCCAAGGAGACAAAAACAGAGCUCCUCCUAGAGAAACUGCGCAGCCUUUUGAGCGUGGGAGAUCCUAAGCAAAAAUACAUGCUGUUGGCAGAAAUUGGUCAAGGGGCAUCUGGAACAGUUUAUCGUGCACGUGAAUCUGACACAGGACGAGAGGUGGCCAUAAAGCAAUUGAAAUUCCUAACCACGCCAGUAAAACGUUUACUAAGAGAAAUCCUGAUCCCGAAGGAGAAUAAGCAUCCCAACAUUGUGAACUAUUUAGAGAGCUACAGAGUCAAUUCUCACCUCUGGGUGGUGAUGGAAUACAUGUCUGGAGGCUCUCUGGCUGGCCUCGUUCGUAAUGUGUGUAUGCAUGACGGACAGAUAGCAGCUGUCUGCAGGGAGUGCCUGCAAGGCCUGGCUUUCCUUCACUCAAACCAAGUGAUCCACAGAGACAUCAAAAGUGACAAUAUCCUCCUUGGAAUGGAUGGAUCUGUCAAGCUGGCUGAUUUUGGCUUGUCUACUCACACCACCCCUGAGAAGAGUAGGAGGAGAUCGAUGGUCGGGACUCCUUACUGGAUAGCACCGGAAGUGGCAAGAGAAGAACCAUACGGCCCUAAAGUGGACAUCUGGUCACUUGGCAUCACGGCAAUAGAAAUGGUGGAAGGAGAACCUCCUUACUUUGACCAACGUCCUCACAAGGCGAUAAAACUGAUAGCCCAGAACGGAACACCACAGCUGAAGAACCCCAGGCAACAUUCCCCGCUGUUGUGUGACUUUCUGAACUGCUGCCUGGAGGUGGAUGAGAACAGGCGAUGGUCAGCUGAGGAGCUUCUGAAGCAUCCAUUUUUACAAUCAGCCGAGCCGCUCUCCAGUCUGACUCCUCUCAUCAUGGCGGCAAAGCAACUGAAUGAGGAGAAGAGCAGACACUAGCGCUUGUGGCCAACGUUCUGCUGUGGCACCUGCUGUGGGAGGAAGAAGGGAUUUGGAGUGCUCCCCCCGGCUCUGUCCCUGGAAGUUUGAAUGGGGGAAGAAGAAGGCAGGAAGCUGUUUUCCCAGCACUUCCCACCUCCUGGAGAGGCUUCUGCUUGUCCAGGAAGGGGAGUUAACCCUUUCUCGCCUCCUAGGCAGGAGGCAAAACACUAAGUUGUGGCAGCAGUGGCUCAGGCAGUUCUUACGGUCAACAAUCAUUGGGGGAGCUACAGCAGCCCCAGGAUUAAGACCUUCUGCCUAGCUGAGCCAACAGUGGUCACUGAGCACGUGCCAGGAGGGACCAAGGAUAAUUCCUUGUCCCAAAUUCAAGUGGGCCAACCUGUGCUGGUUAAUGUGCUCUCUAGUGGGGUUGUGCUCAUGAUACUGGCUAAGCCCAGGGGCUUAUAGGCCUGGGAAGCCCUGGAUGCUAAUGGGAGGACCCACUGCAUCAGUGUGCGGUGAGUUGUCCCCAGCUAUUAAUUGCUAAGCCCGGCUACUACGUGCCGAGGCAAGUUUCUCUCUUUGCAGGACUGAGGCCAGGCCGAGGACCAGAUUCCGGGACAUGGACCAGUACCUGACCAGCACCUGGGGGAGGAAGGACCAUCUACACAGGAGAUGGAGGCACAUCACACCGAUGUGGCCAGUGGAUGAUGGCAUCAGGACUUGGAAAGCAUGACCUCCAGCCAUGGACUCAAAGCAGCAGCUGUGUCUACAGGCACUUUGGACUUCGGCGGGUUUCGUUCGCGUCUGACUUAAUGCCGCGUGGAUCCACAACGGGAUAUUGCUUGCAGUUUCAGAGGCUGCCGCAGAGAAAUUCAGCAGGGAUCACUGCUAAAGUCCUGCUUCACCUCUCCAGUUAGCUCCCAACUACAUCAGCAGCUCAGAGCAGGACUGAGAAGAAAACCCUCAACCCAUGUGCUGCAGGACAGAUGGAGGGGCAAAGAAACCAGUGGUCAUACUCCUGGUGGCUAAGAGGGGGAGCAACUCCGACCUGCGUCUGUAGUGUUAUUGUUGUUGUUAUUUUUGCUAUUAAUAAAAUACAAUCAUUUCUGUUAUCA